AAAUACUCUUGGUUUUCAGGAAAAAUUUGAAGUUUCACAAAUUUUCAACAUUUGUGCGUAUAUUACUAAAUACUGACAUGUCUGGAGAUCAAAGUGUAGAUAUAACAGAGAAUGAAGCAGAGCUGUAUGAUAGGCAGAUACGUUUAUGGGGAUUAGACGCUCAGAAACGUCUUCGUGCUGCCCGGGUUCUUCUGAUUGGCCUGCGUGGGCUUGGUGCUGAAGUUGCGAAAAAUAUUGUUCUCGCUGGAAUCAAAUCAAUCACACUCAUGGAUCAUACAAUUGCUACAGAAGAAGAUGUUUGCGCACAAUUCCUCAUUGAUAGAUCUGAUAUUGGUAAAAAUAGAGCCGAAAGCUCACUAACAAGGACCCAGCUUCUCAAUCCAAUGGUAGAAAUGACAGCUGACAAAGAAAGUGUUGAUGACAAAUCAGAUGAAUUCUUCAAGAACUUUGAUGUCAUAUGUGCAACUUGCUGUAGUCAGGAACAACUGCUUAGAGUCAAUGAAAUCUCAUUUGCCAACAAUAUCAAAUUUUUCGCUGGUGAUGUGUAUGGUUACUAUGGAUACAUGUUCUCUGAUUUGAACGAUCAUAAAUUUGCAGAAGAAAUCACCAAGCGUGUAAAGAAGGAUUCCACGAGUGACUCUGGGGAACCCCAAGAGAAAAAAGCCAAGACUGAAGAACUUGAAACUGUCACUGUUGAAAGAGAAACCAGCUUUGUACGAUUAAAAGAGGCCUUGAAUGUAGACUGGACAUCUGAGGCUAUGGUUAGGCGAUUGAAGCGUACUCCAAAUACAUAUUUCAUAAUGCAAGUGCUACAUGCAUUCAGAUCUCAAGAGGGCAGACAGCCAACUGUUAAGGAGGCAGAGUCUGACAAGGAAAAGUUGCUCAAACUUCGGGAUGCUAUCUCUGAACAAUUACACAUCAAACCAGAUAUUGUCGGAGAUGAUUUUGCUAGCCAUUGUGUAGCUGAACUGAGUCCAGUAUGUGCAAUUCUUGGAGGAAUUCUGGGUGGAGAGGUCAUUAAGGCUGUUUCUCAGAAAGAUGUGCCGCAUAAUAACUUUUUCUUCUACAAUGGCGUUGAAGGCAGUGGCAUGAGGGACAAGUCAGUGUUUCAUUUUCACAAGAAUUAGUUUAUUGUUUACUGUUCAAUAGUUAAGUGCAUGCUAUUGUUUAGUAGGUAGUGAAAAUGACAAUAGAGACUGGCUUAUGGCUGUCCAGUUAUGAUGUCAUUGACAAACGGAUUGCCAAAUGGGACUAUCAUUACCCAACAUAUUUGUGGCUAUUUAUUUUUAAGACUUUUAAAAACCACAGAAACCCAAGGUAAAUAUACAUGAAUACAUAAACAUUUUCUGUUUAGUAAUAAAUAUUUACAGUGACCACAUAUAAGCAUACAAUUAUCAACCACCCCGUAGGUGACUGCAAAGAAUAUAUAUGUAGACAUUGUAAAUUGAGAAACCAAGUCAAAGUUUACAGUUACAGUAGAGAGAUAUAAUUUUGCUAGUCAGCAGUUGACCAUUUUGUUAGUCAGAAGAACAUGUAAAUGGGGUAGACUUAUUAUAGCGAUUAAAUAUGAAAAAUAUACUACUUUUAACCAGAAAUACAUUACUGGCUAUUAAACAACCAAAAUCAAGUAUUUAAGACUUAAAUACUAACAAUGGGUGUAAGAAUGAAUGUAACAGAGACAAAUUUAAUAUAAAGCAAAGUAGACGACUUAGGAUUAUUAGUCUACAGACCUGUCAUGAAUGUAAUUAAUUGUAGAAGGCAUAAUGUAAAUACAGGAGUUUUGUAAGCAAUAUAUUUUGUAAGACU